AUGGUCGAACAGGUCAAGGAAAUGCUGCUGCCGCCAAAAAAUGAUCAGGAGAAACCUUUUGGUAUUGUGAAAACCACUUCUACUCCAGUAAAACCAUCGACCAGCAAGUCAUCAAUGAGCACUUCAACUGUGCCACCUUCCCAGCCACCGAAAAGCAAGAUGAUCUUUGCAACCAAAUCCAAACCUGGUCCCUCUUCUUCAGCUGCUGCUGCCCAACCUUUCUCUGGUCUUUAUAAACGAAUGGCCGAAGAGGAUGGUUUUUACACUACCAGCACCAGCAACAACAGCACUCAUCCAAACAAGAAGAAAGCGAUCACUGUGGAACUGCAGAUUGAUGAUCACCUCGAUCUCGAGAAUGAUUACGAUGACGUGUCCCGUGAUGAAGGUGCUGGUGGUAGCGGUGACGCUGAACUGGUAAACAACAUUGACAUUGCCAACAUUCACCUUCCAAACACUUCCGAAGAACAGCAACAACAUCGGCCGACUCCACCAGGAAAGCAUCCCUGCACUGAACCGAAUUGUGGCAAGCACUUCAACCGAAGCAAUGAUCUCAAACGACAUCUGCGAACGCACACCAAGGCGAAACCAUUUGGGUGCACCUUCCCCGGCUGCUCUUCAGAGUUUUCAUUGCGUCAUCACGCCCUCGGUCACAUUCUCAAUGUGCACCUGAAGAAGCAAAAGCCUGGAGAUGAUGAGGAAGGCAACGGGAACAACACCGAGCCGCCCGAUCCUGCAACCUAUCUUAGCGUUAAAGAAGAACUUCUAUGA